AUGACCAGCGUCGUAGACCACAGCACUCCCUCCGCACCGGCGUCGACGUCGGCGUCAGCUGCGGGCGAGGGCUUCACCUCCUUUGGCUUCCUAGACGAUACGCACGAUGCGCACGAAUCCUCAUUCGGGCUCGGCACGCUCUUCAGCCGCGUCAAGUCCGCCCUCGCUGCCGGCCUCACCCUCGAUCCAGACUCGGCCUACAGCGCAGCCCACGAACACACCGAUGCUGCAUCUACAUCACGCCACAGCUCCGGCUCAUACUCGGCAAAGUCCACCAAUACAAGGCCGCAACCAUUACCGCCAACAGCGUCCACCACACAAUCCACGCAUCCACUCGCGUCCGACGCUUACAAUGCUUCUCGAUCAGCAGGUCCGUCGUCGAACAUGCUCGCGUCUAUGCCACUUCACAGAAAGCCAUCCAUGGCAAGGCCGACGCGCGGGCUGAGCAACAUUGAAGAGUAUCCAGAGCACGGACAGGUCAGAAAUCGCACCAUCUCGCCCUCGCGCAGCUCCGACCUCAACGACGCGGCCAGACCCUACCGAGACAUACUCAGCUCAGGUCGCUCGGGCCACGCACGCAUCGCCGGGCUUCGCGAUCCCUCCACCUCAGCAUCCUCAUCGAUAUCUCGCAUAUCCAGCAGCACAGCCGCUCCACCGCGCGCUUCAAAAAGCCGUGGCCUGCCACUCACCCUCAGAAGCGUCGCUCCCGCUCCCGCAGUCACCUUCACCUCGCCCGCCACCGCCAUCAACGCCCGCUCCCUCCUACCCGGCCUCGCCGGAAGCUACACCGACGAUCGCGAGUCCGUCGCUGCCGAUGACGGAGACAUGGACCCCGACUCGUCUCGCGAUACGCUCUCCAUCCUGCGCGCCGGCGGCAUCGACGGUACCAUCGACCGCUCCCAUCUAGCAAAGCACGGCUGGUCCGCCAUCCCAGGCUUCCCUCUCUCCAAAGACAUCCUUGCCGAUGACUCCAAGUCGAUCCGCAGCAGCUCCACCCGCCUCCAUAGAAGCGACACCAUCGAGGACCAGCUCUCCAGUCGCUCCGCCGCGCAGAUCGGCCUCCAGACCAGCGCAGACGCCAUCGUCCGCCGCAUGAGGGGCGAAGGCCUCAGCCGCAAGUUCUGGAUGGCCGACGAAAACGCAAAAGAGUGUCGCGAAUGCCUCUCCAUCUUCACCCCCUUUCGCCGCAAGCAUCACUGCCGCAUCUGCGGCCAGAUCUUCUGCGGCAGGUGUGCCGCACACAUCAUCAAGGGCCGGCGCUUCAACUUUGACGGCAUGAUCCGCGUCUGCAACUUCUGCAAGCGCAUGCUCGAGGAGUACGACCGCCACGAGCGCGAGAGCCAGCAUCACAACAGGCUCAACACCGUCGCCCAGCGCGCCAGCAAGAAUCCAAACCGCAUACAGCCGGACAAGGACAUGAUCUCCGCCCCGCUCGAGGCCCAGAUCCGCAGCCCGCAGGCUCAGUUCGCUGCAAAUCAUCUCUUUGCUAGUGCAUCCGCAGUGCCGUCGGCUUUUGGCGCAAGCUUAAGCGCCAGUAUGUCGGCGCCGUUCGGUUUCACCGAUGCAGACUCGGUCGUUGGCGACGCGAACGACACCUCAGCGCGCGACACCAACGACGCCGCGGCCGAGCAAGCGCGCAAACGCAAGGCCGACACCGGCCUCGUUGCGCCGUUUCGCAAGGGGAUGGACGAAGAGGAGCUCGCACCCGCACGGCCUGACUCCGACGACGAACAAGUGGCGGCCAACCUGCAGCAGAAUGGAAGCGCCAUCGGCUCCUCACACCACACGCCGGCCCCGGGUAGCCCGGCUACGGCUGCUGCAGCGUCGCCUUCGCAAGCCAGCCUUGCUGCUCGCAACGGUGCACCAGCCUCAGGCAAGGCCAAGAGCGGUGCGGCGAGUAUCGCCUUCCCGUCCUCCUCAACCCCCGGCAAGGAGUUCCCUUCGGCCAUCCAGUCGACGUCCGACUAUCAGCGUCUGCGCCUCGUCAGCGAGACCGCCAGGCCUGUCAACCGCUCACGCAUGCGCUCGUUGCGCACCAUCGCCGCGCUCGACCCCACUCAAGCCAGCGCUCUCAUCAGGUCCCACUUCCAUGGCAACGGCCGAACCGAGUCGCCUGUUCCUCCUCUCCUUCAUCACGCCCAAGAAGAUGCAGAUGGCGCUGCAGAUUCCACCGAGCCGCCCGAAUUCUACCGCGACCUCCGCAUCUGCUCGGAAGGCAUCACGCCUGCACUGCUCGAGGCGUCCAUCACCCACCGCGCGCUCGACCACCUGCGCAAGAUGAUGGAACAGACGCUCACCCAGUCCGGCAUCCACAAUGUGCGCAAGUGGUGCGAUGUGCUCUUGCCCUUUGUGCUCACUACGAUCUCGCGCGUCAAGCCCGAUGCGCGCGAGGACCAGAGCCGCGACAUCCGCGAGUUUGUCAAGAUCAAGCGCAUCCCCGGCGGCAAGCCCGACGAUUCCGAGUACGUCGACGGAUACGUCUGCACCAAGCACGUGGCCACCAAGCGCAUGGCGUCGUUGAUCCCGCUCACCAAUGCGCGCAUCAUCGUGAUCCGCUUCCCGCUCGACUACCACCGCGGGCCCAACCAGUUCAUGUCGCUCGAGCCGCUCAUGGCGCAGGAGCACGAAUUCAUCCGCAUCCUCGUCGCGCGCAUCAUCGCGCUCCGCCCGCAGAUCGUCGUGGUCGAGAAGACGGUCUCGCGCACCGCGCUCGAGCUGCUCGAGAAGGAAGGCAUCGUCGUCGUCUGGAGCGUCAAGGCCGACGCCAUCCGCGCCAUCAGUCGCUGCACCCAGGCCGAUGUCAUUACCUCCAUCGACAGGCUGGCGCUUGAUCCGCGAGUCGGAAGGUGUCGCUACUUUAACGUCGAGACCUUCCAGCACGCCUCGUGGCCCGGAUGGAGGAAGAGCUUCAUGCGCUUCGAGGGAACGCCCAAACAGCUCGGCUGCACCAUCGUCCUGCGCGGCGCCGAUGCCGUCAAGCUCAGCCGCGUCAAAAAGAUCCUCGCCAUGAUGAUCUUUGUCGCCUACAACCUCCGGCUCGAAGGCUACGUCAUGGCGGACGAAGGUGCUGCCAUGGAGACGAUCUACUCGGACAGCGCGCUCAUCAACGGCUCCCAUCCGUGUGGAUCCGUCGAGGCCGGCACGUCGGACAGCGCGGCGGAUGAGCUUCAGCGUCUGAUCAAGACGACCGAGAUCGAGCUAGGUGACCAUGCCUCGUCCCAGCUCGUCCGAAUCAGUGACGACAAGGCGUUUGUCCUGCGAGCGCGCGCACGCAUCCUGGCGGCGCUGAGCAUCUACGAGACGACGCUCAUCACGUCGAGCGUUUGCAUCCAGAUCCCAGCGCCGCAUCCGAUCCUGCAGAUGAAGCGCGUCAAUGACCGACUGAUGCAGCUGCUGGCUCAACAGGAGGCCGACGAACUCCAGAGGAUCCUCAAGGACGAAGGCAGGCUGCAGGACAGAGCGGCGACACCGCCGGCUUCUAUCACUGAGCUUCCAGAGAGUAAUGACGAUGGGAAGGAGGCCGGCCAGGAUGUUACUCCUACCUUGGAGAAACCGUCGGCAGUCAUGGAUGACGACAAGGCAAGUCUAGCCACCGCGGUGCAAGGCUCGGCAAGCCCCGCUGGCCAGUCGUCGGCCGGGGACGUCACGCCAAAGUACGAGACUGCGGGCCCUCGCGUCCACGACACGAUCGUCGAGGAAGGCGAAGAGAACGGCUCGGAUGCAUCCGCCGCUUCGGACCGCGGCACAACACCGCAGCCCGCGGCGGCAGAAGAGCUGCAGCCUCACGUAGAGGCAGACGCGAACGAGAAGCAGCCAGACCACGGACGUGAUGGUAGCGAUGCCACUGUGGUGAUCGCCACCGCUAGUCCGCUUGUCAGCGGUCCCAACACCACCACGCCUACGCCGCGACCAUCCUCGCCGGUGCAGACCAGGAUGAAGGAUGCAAGAGCUGCAACGACCGGCUCGAGUGCGCUGGAUGGACCGCUAGAACUCGAUGCUGCCGACAUGGUCAAAUCCAACUCUGCGCCAGUCUCCGAGGUGCCAACACGCACCGUCUCACCUGGACCGAGCUCGAUCCUUUCGGGAGUCACGCAGAGCUCCGGCAUGACAGUGGCACCGGGCACUGCGUCGAUGCUCAAUGCCACCAAGCUCGAACCGGCACCGCCAUUCGAUCUGUUCUCGCUGCUCAAGGCGCCCUCGCAGAUCGCCAAGGAGUCCGAGUUCGCCAUUACCGUCGACAAGCACCGUGCCGCUCUCAAGGAGUGGGGUGGAUAUCUCGACGUGCAGCCCGAGUCGGUGUCGCCGUUCAACCACAAGCGCAUCGAGAUCAUCGUCACGCGUCACUGCACGCUGACGCCGCGUCCGUGUGAAGGGCCGAACCUCGCCUCGAUCGAGUUCUACGGCGAGCACGACGAGACGCUGGGCGAGCACAUCGAGCGGCUGGCUGCCAACAGCGCACGCGGCUGCGCCACAAAGGGAUGCGGCAAGAACAACGUGCUGCACUACAACACGUUUGUGCACAAUCGCAUCCGCAUCCAGGUCGUGCUCGAGCGAUUCGUGUGUCCACUGCCGAACGAGGAGAACCGGCUGCUCAGCUGGAGCUACUGCAAGGUGUGCGAGAACGCCACGCCCGUCGCGCUCGUCACCGCCGAAACGUGGAGCUUCAGCUUUGCAAAGUACCUCGAGCUCUACUUCUACCGGCACGAUCACUGCAAGACGCAGCUGUGCGAGCACGACUUCUACCGCGACCAGGUGCGCUACUUUGCGUACCAGAACAUGGCGGUGCGCUUCCACUCGGAGGAGAUCGACGACCUGUUCGAGGUGACCAUGCCCCACUUCCGGCUCUUUAUCGAUCCCGAGGUGCAGUGCAACAUCAAGAACGAAGAGACGGCGGCGUUUGUGCGCAAGAACCAGGCGUACUGGGACAGCGUCAUGGCGCGCAUCCGUGCGCUCGGCAACGACGCCUGCUCCGACGCCGCGGGCAUCAAUCGCGACAAGAACCGCGCGAUCAUCGUCGACAUGAUGCGCCGCUGCGAGACGGAUCGCCGCGAGGUCGAGGCGCUCGUCGCAGAGCUGUACGAGUUCAGCCCGGCGACCGACGUGCUCUGCCUCAACCAGGCGCGCAGGAUGCUGCAGGAGAAGGUGGUCAAGUGGGACGUCGACUUUAUCGAGUUCGAGAAGAACUGCAUCCCGUCCGAGAAAGAUAUCCGCCGCAUCACCUCGAACCAUCUCAAGCGCCUCUUCUCGGAGAAGGACCCGGCCGACGCGACGAGGUCCGACACGGCUUCCAGCACGCUCCCGCCCGCUGCCGAGAUUGACGAGAGCUCCACGGAUGCCGCGGACGGCAAGGUCAAAGGGCGUGGUGGGGAUCCACACAAGGUCGCAGCAGGCGAGGCGAUCACGCGCAGCGCAAGCACCCAGACAGCGACCGAGGCACUCGCUCUGGCCGGCGCAGACAUGUCUGUCGUGCCGAUGCUCUCCGACCUGGUCACGCAGACCGUCCAGACGCCCAUCAGCGAGCUGCCGCCGCCAGUGCUUGCGCCUACAGCCCGGCCCGCGGCGGUAAAGCUCGCAGCCACCGGUGCCGGUGCGGAUGCGGUCGCGCGCUCCCAGACUGUUCCGACGCAGCUCAACAAGGCGGGCCGCGCAGAUGCGUCCAAGUACCGCGACGGCAACUUUGACGACGAGACGGACGCAGCUGAUCUGUCGCCCGUCGAGGUGCGGCCAAUGAUCAGUCGUAGAGCGCUAUCUAACCCGCCGGCCACUGCGCCUGCGUCUCCGACGUACGCAUUCAGCCCGUCGAGGGGCGCAUACGAUCCGGUCGGCUUUCCGCGGGCAGAAGAGAGCUCGUGUACCGAGAGCGAGCUUGUGGGGUCGGUCAGCGGGCUCGUGCGGCGCUUCGACAGUCCGAGGCGCAGCGUCACGGGCUUGCCAGGCGCACAGGCCACAGCUGCACCGGGCGGGUCCGGUACCGCUUCGCCGCGUGUGGGGCCGAACGGCUCGAUCCGGCGCCCCAGCCUACGUCGCGGCAAGACGGAGGAGCCCAUGUCGACGCACGCCAAGGAUGUCGCCAGGAACCGCAAGCCUUCCGGCGCGCAGAACGGCGAGUCGGACUCGAACGUCAACUCGCCCACGCCGACGUCGGCGGCUAGCGGGCGCACCAGUCGCCUGCCGCGCGCCAAGCGAACCGAAAGCUCGACGUCCGUCUCGACGAUCGGGCGCAGAAGCGGCUCGGCUACGCCGAACAAGACUGCGCAGGCGCCUCCGCCGUCGAGCUACCGUCCACCGAAGUCCGAGGGCCUCAAGGCGGGCCCACGCGCCAUCAUCGGGCGGUCGGGCGCGUCAGCUGCAGCAGCCGCACUGGCUGCCGCCACGUCGGCUGCGUCUGGACCGGCCAAUAUGCGCAGCCAGAGCGGGGCGUACCAGUCGGACGGCGCGAGCAGCAUCCGCGCAGGCGCAGCGGGGGGCAGCCGCGUGCCCGUGGCAAGGAGGAGCGAACACGGCCCGGGCACGCGCAGCCGCGUGUCGACGAUCGCCAAGCACUUUGACCGCAUCAGCAAGGAGGCGGAGCGCGAGCGCGAGCGGCAGCACAGGAUGCUGCUGGCGCAGAGGGCGAAGCGCGCGCGUCCCGUGGCGAUGACGCGGGCGAGGGUCGAGGUGUUCAGCAGCGUGCGCGAGGCGGUGCGCGAUGACGAGAGCGAGGCCGAAUCGGCAGCGGAGAACGAGGAUGACGAUGGCGCGUCGGCUGCUGACAACGAGGACGAAGACGACGAGGAUGAUGACUCGGACGAAGACCUCGCCGCCCAGCCGACGAGAUAUGCAGACAAGCGCAUGCUUGCGACGGCGGACGGGCGCGCACAGCAGGGCCAGGCGCUCGCCAAGCCGCGCAAGUCCGCAACGAAGCAGGAUGGCCUCGCGUCUGCUGUACAUGGAGCUGGGGAUGCGACCAAGAAGACGGCAGCCAUGCAGAAGGGCACGGACGUCGAUCCAGCCGAGGAAGAUGAGCGCGAUCGGACGAUCAAGGGCGGACACGGAGCCGCCAUUCCGUCCAGCGGCGAUGGAUCCAGCGCAGUGCCGUCCUCAGCCAAUGCCGCAGCAGGUGCGAGCUCGUCGGUGGCAGACGAUGCCUGCACGAUCGCGAGCGAAGAGACUGGGCGCGCGACCAACGUGUCGCCGCCGGCGCCCGCGAGCGAGCUCGAGUCGGACGCGCAGUCGAUUGCGGCGUCGUCGGUGGCGACGACGAGCCACACGCAGCUGACGCUGCCGUCGUAUCUGCGGAGCGGCUUUGCGUCGGACUCGGACUCGAUGCCGAGCCUGGAGCGCAGCUUCCUCAAGACGCUCUCUGGCUUCUGGGCGUUCCGCACGGGCGAGAUGGUGCCGCUCGAGUAUCCCAUGCUGAAUUCGGAGCACGUGUUUGCGGACUCGGACGUCAUCUUCCGCGAGGACGAGCCGACGUCGAUCGUGGCGUUUACGCUGAGCUCGAUGCAGUACAAGGAGCGGCUGCGCGGCAUGCGCAGCGAGGCGCCGUGGAUCCAGGAGAAGGACGAGGCGUUCAUGCCGGGCAAUGCGAGCGUGGCGGGCUCGGUGGACGGAUGGGACCUGGUCGACGUCGAAGCCAACGAGCUCGAGGGCACGCUCAAGAAGGAGGGGCGGCAUUUCAGGUGCGAGUUCGAGUCGGGCACUACGCGGUUGUGGUGCAAGAUCCUGUUUGCGGAGCAGUUCGAUGCGCUGCGCCGCAUGUGCGGAUGCGACGUGAGCGUGGUCGAGUCGCUCUCGCGCUGCUUCAAGUGGGACUCUUCGGGCGGCAAGUCCGGGUCGGCCUUCCUCAAGACGCGCGAUCAUCGGCUGGUGGUCAAGCAGCUGUCGAGGUUCGAGAUGGACGCCUUCUCCAAGUUCGCGCCGCAGUACUUUGCGUACAUGUCGCAGUGCCUCUCGCGGGGGCGACGUACUGCGCUGGCCAAGAUCUUUGGCUGCUUCCGCAUCGGCUUCCGCAAUCCUCAGACGGGCAAGAGUCUGAAGCUGGACUGCUUUGUGAUGGAGAACUUGUUCUACGGGCUCGAGGGAAUUCGGUCGUACGAUCUCAAGGGGAGCACGCGCAACCGGUACGUCCAGGAGACGGGCAAGCAGAGCGAGGUGCUGCUCGACGAGAAUCUGGUGGAGACGAACCAGCUCACGCCCAUGUUUAUCCGCGAGCACUCGAAGAAGCUGCUGCGUGCGAGCCUGUACAACGACUCGCUCUUCCUGGCGGACAUGAACGUGAUGGACUACUCGCUCAUGGUGGGCGUCGACCGCGCGAGCAAGCAGCUCGUGGUGGGCAUCAUCGACUUUGUGCGCACCUACACCUGGGACAAGCGCGUCGAGAGCUUUGUCAAGGAGACGGCGCUGCUGGGAGGCGCGGGCAAGGGCGAGCCGACGAUCAUCACGCCGCCGGACUACCGCACGCGCUUCUUGACGUUUAUCGACCGUGCGCUGCUGCUCAUGCCGGACCACUGGGUCGAGGACUGGGCGCUGUAG